AUGACUUGGAGAUGCCGGGGAUCGAAUCCGGAGCCUCUCGCAUGCAAAGCGAGCGCUCUACCACUGAGCUACAUCCCCCACCUUGCCAUCGUGUUUCCACCUCUACACGAAUCCCCCACCCCUCUCUUCCACUUCUCCUCUUCCCUCUUCACGCCAACACUGCGUCUGCGUCGUCGUGAGGAGAAACAAUGCCAACCACUACAUUAUUAUCAUCACCAAUUGCCCACCUCGGCUUCCACCUACUUCGGUGGCAGCGGUCACCUCAACUGUUUUGCUCAUUCUUGUCCACUCCUUCUCCCAUCAAUGACGAAGCUGCUGCGAGCUAUGACAACCAUGACAAACCACACAGUCUCUACCAAAAGCGACAUAGGAGAGGAGAAGGUGAAGAAGAAGAAGAAGAAGAAGAGAAAAAAAGAAGAAGAAGAGGAAGAAGAAGAAGAAGAAGAAGAAGAAGAGGAGGAGGAGGAGGAGGAGGAUUUGGAGGGACAGAUAUAA